GUUGUCCACCCUGGUUCCCACUCCCUCCAUUAUCCUCAUCCAGUGGCUAUGCACAGCAACAAAACGAGCCCACCAUUUUCUCUCACCUCAACUCUCUCUUUCUCUCUCUCUCCUAGCCCCCACACUCACCCCAUUCUCUGUCCUCAAUGGCCGCUGCCGCCACCACCACCAUCAAACUCCCCACCUCCGCACUCCCCUUCUCAUCCUCACCUAAGUUCCACCACCACCACCCGACCCUCAUACCCAUCAAACGACAAUGCCCAAAACAUGUUCGAAGAAUUGCGUGUAAGGCCACUGAGGUGUCUAAUGUAGAGGGAGGACAAGCCUCGGUGGCCUCGGCCGGGGUUUCGGGUGAUGGCAGGAAUUGGGUACCUGUUGUUCCUUUGGCUGCACUUCCUAGAGGGGAGAGGAGGGUGAUUAUACAAGAUGGGGAGACUAUACUGCUUCUCUGGUAUAAGGAUGAGGUUUUCGCUAUUGAGAAUCGGUCGCCCGCUGAGGGGGCUUAUAGUGAAGGAUUGUUGAAUGCUAGGCUCACUCAGGAGGGUUGUAUUGUUUGCCCAACCACAGAUAGCACAUUUGAUCUGCGAACAGGAGAGGUAAAGGAGUGGUACCCCAAAAAUCCUGUCUUGAGGGCUCUUACACCAUCUUUAAGGUCCCUUUUCAUUUAUCCUGUGAAAACUGACGGGGAGAACAUCUAUAUCAGCAUAGGCGAUGCCAUUGCAUCCGGAGGAUCUGCUGAGAUUGUUUUCAGUGGCAGAGCUCAACCCGGCGUAACUGCAUCAGAUGUCAAUAUUGAAGAGGUAUGUUCUUUGCCUGCCCUCUUUUAUGAUUAGUUCUUCGUACAUUUA